UUCAAACGAACAUGGGGUUGCCUUUUUUGCUAGUAAUAGUAGCGACACCAAUAUUUACAGUUAACGGUUUCAUUCCAAAUUCUUGGCUUGGAUUGAGUUCUCCAACUUCAAAAACACACGCUAAGAUAUCUGAAAUUGCUAUUUUAAAUGUCGCUUAUGAGUUUCUGGAAAGUAAUCCACGACCAAUUCAACCAGUUAAGCAACUAGCUAAGAAUGCACCCUAUAAAUCGCCAACCAAGCUGCUCAAAUCCUACUACGGCAACGGUGUCUCAACAAUUAGGUUUCAUGAGGCCAUAAAAGAUUUUACCGAUGCCAACGCAAAUGUGGAUUUUGACAAAAGCUCAAAGAAAUUGCCUUCUGCUCAUUUUGAUGCAGAAACGUUUGAGGACAGUAAUAGAAGAUUACUCCGUCUGCGACAAGAGAUUAUUUCUGCAAUUACUGCUGGGUAUUACAAAGUUGGAAGGGAGAAAACAGGUCAACUAUUUCACACUUUACAAGAUUUCUACAGUCACUCCAAUUGGAUCGAAAUGGGUAAUCACGAGCCACAUCACAGCCUAGCAGUUCCAGGCGCUCAUAUUACCAAUCUUGCUGAGCCAAACACAGAAACUUGCGAUGACUGUGGUUUAUUUGGGAAGUGCAAAAAUAACAUUUUAGCAACUAUAUUAACAAAUAGGAAGUUGACAAGUGGAUACUGUAGUAGUCAAAAAGACAGAAAAGGAAAACCUGUAGUAAAACCAGAAGGCGUAGGAAAAUGUAGUCAUGGUGGGCCGAUGGACUCAAGUGGCAGAUUAUACGCACGCGGAGGAAUCAACAAAGACUCAAAUAACCCACUCAUCUCACCGCAUUACUAUCACCAUGAUGAGGCUACAGCAUUAGCAACGGAUGCAUCCGAAAAUAUUCUAAGAGAUAUUCAAAAGGUUGUCGGAAACAAACGAUUUAAAAAGUACCUUGGAUUGCAUGUAGGUGGUACAAUGUGCAUUGUGAUUGACACUACUAACAGCAUGAGCGACGACAUCACAGCAGUAAAAAAUAGAACAAGAAAAAUUAUUGACAAAAGGAACGGAACCAUUAAUGAGCCAUCGAAAUUUGUACUAGUGACGUUCAGUGACCCAGACUAUGGUCCAGCAUUUGUUACCAGUAAUCCUGAUAUAUUUAUUGCAAAAUUAGCAUCAAUCAACACUACAGAUGGAGGAGAUUGUCGGGAAAAAUCGUUCCAUGCAUUGCGUCUAGCAAUUGAGCAUACAGACCACCACUCAACGUGUUUUGUUUUCACCGACGCGUCAGCCAAAGACGCCUACUUAAAGAAAUCGGUCGUUGCGUUAGCCAAGUACAAGAACGUUAAGAUCAAGUACUUAUUAACGGGCUCGUCCAGAGGGCGUAGUCAGUGUGAUACAAGUCGCCAUUUACGUGCUGUUGAUUCAAUUGACAGCUCGUAUGCUGAUGUAGCAUUUUCCACAGGUGGCGAAGUUAUAACACUAUCUAAACAGGAGAUCAUGGCCGGUUCCUCAGUGCUAGACCAUAGUUUAAGCCAUUCUAAGGUGACGUUGAUAUACGCGGGUCAACAGGGUUUUACGGAUGUGCUGGAUGGUCGCAGUCACUAUUUUAUUGUUGAUUCCACUAUUGACGAGCUUGUUAUCACUGUCAAAGGCACAGUUAUCAAUGUUAAGAUAUUCAAUCCAUCUGGAGAUCUUGUUAAGUCUACCGGUAACAUUUUCGAUGCUGUGUUACUGCUUUCCAACAUACAAGUAACUAAACUAGUAAAUCCUACAACAGGAAAGUGGCGAGUGCGCGUGCGCUCCAUCGUUAUGUAUUCUGUAUCGGUAAUUGGUACAAGUUCAGUUGACUUCUCACCAUCGUUUGGGUUGGAGCAUGGGGGAGUACAUCCGGGGGUUGAAGAAAUUGUAGGCAGACCACCCAAAGGUGUGGCUGUCUUUAUCCUUAUUAACGUUAUCGGUGAUACCGCUAAGUUAGGCUCCAUCGAGAAACUUGAAAUGAUUUCGCCGGCCGGACAAAUCAUCAAAACAAUGACCCUCCAAACAAAUAAAGAAAUGGGCAAGUUGUAUGCUAAGACGAUUCUACCACCAGAGCCAUUUCAACUUAGAGUGACUGGAUCUGACGUUAUCAAAAAUCAAUUUUCUCGCAUAUUUCGUCAAGUUGUCAGGACAUCAACAUGUUCAAUAAGCACGGACCGCAGUGAUGUUCAGCAAAUACUGUCAGCGGGAUCCAUCGGGCAUAUUCCAUUCAAAGCUCUUAAUAGUGGCGCACCUGGAACGUACAUUGUUUCUGCUAUUGACAGCACUGACUUCGUACGAGACCUCAAACCAAACAGAUUCGUCCUAGGAAGAAAUGAAUCGAUAGAAGGAAAGGUAUCGUUUGCUGUACCAAAAAAUGUAAGAUACGGCACUUCAAGUACCAUUACUCUAGUUAUAACAAGAGACCAUUCAGCGCAUGAGUUCAACUACUUUGUUUUCGAUAUCAUCAUUCAAUCACAGGAAAUAGAUGAAGUUCCACCAUCUUUCACAGUGGUCCAACGAUCUGGAAAAUGCCUUGCAUUGGAAAACAGUUGCAAUGAAGCUAAUUUUACGGUGGCAGUUGAAAUAGUAGAUGUUGGAACGGGUGUUUUUAACAUCAUUACUGCUAAGGAAUCGGAUUCAUCUGGUCUUACAUUAUAUGAGUUUACUCCAGGUAUACCGGGCUCUAUAGCCAGGGCUGACUACCGUGGCAGCUGUUGUCAACCGUCCUUAGAACUGAUUGCUACAGACGUUGUCGGAAACGUAGGUAAAUUCAAAGUCAACGUUUCAUCAGAAGACACAAACACGAUGCAGACAGACGACAUGCUUCUUUAUAUUGUGAUGAUAAAAUGUGGUAUUGCAGUUUUGCUUGUUGUCAUGUGUGCCUGCUGCUGCUGUGUUGUAUAUCACAGUAAAAAUAAGUCGGGGAAACGAAAAAAAAAUACUGAGAUUGGGAAGAAAAUACAUCGUGAAGAAGUCACUCCAGACAAGUUGAACCCUCCUAGCUGUGUUCCAGACUUAGAGCGGUACAAAGAAUUAUACGCAACCGUGGAAACGAAAGACAAACAUGCCAAAUGAUUGGUUAAUACCAACAUCACCAGAAUCGACCUCCCACUUGAAGCCAAUUGAAGGGAAGAAUUUGAAGCAAUUUAACCUUAAAUCAGUCAAAAACAAAGAAAAAAUAAUAAAGCAGAGUGUAGCAAUUCAAGAUAAGCAUAAUGUAAAAUCACAUUAAGUAUAGCAUUAAAAAUGGACUGAAUGUAAAUCUAAACAAGUUGUAGUAAGGUUAUAGAAAAUGUAAUCAAUUUUAAUAUAGGACAUUAUGAAAAGCUAUUUCAAAUGAUUUUUUACAGUAGGUAAUGUUACAUUAGUGUAAAUUUAGGCUACCAGAAGGAUAAAUCCACAUAAGAAUACUAGACCAGUUGCUCUAAUGCAUUCAAUAUUCUGAAGAACGCAUCGUUGUGUAUCGUUACUCUCCAAAUGGGCUGUCGGAGAUUCAGCCAAUCAAAUGUCGUCUAGCUGGAUAUCGGCUUAAAUCACGCCCUCAAUUUAAUAUAAAAGGUUUAAACACAUUUUGCACGGCGAUAGUUGCUAACUACAACGGGUUCAGCCGAGGGGCGUGGCUUGUAUGGUCACACGUCAUGUAUAAUUAUACCGUCUACCUAAACCAUAAUGACCAGACGUGCAUAAUUACGCUUUUUGGCAUAAUUUAGACCCGUUUAGCAUCUAGCAUAUGUGCUGGCAUAGUUUUGGCAAAUUUAGCAUAAUAUAGCGUAAUUUUGUCUCACAAAAAAAAAUGGUCAUAAUUAAAACCCAACAAAAUUGGAUACCAGGUCAAUUAAAAUUACUUCAUCCAAAAA